AUGGCACUAUUGAUUAUACUGAUUACCUACUUUACUACUACCCAGUCUUGCCAGACCCCUGAUGAUUUUGUGGCUGCCACCUCCCCGGGACACAUCAUGAUUGGAGGUUUGUUUGCCAUUCAUGAGAAAGUGCUGUCCUUGGGAGUCUGUCCUAGACGACCAGAAAUCCAGCAAUGUGUCGGCUUUGAAAUAUCAAAUUUUCUUCAAACUCUUGCCAUGAUACACAGCAUUGAGAUGAUCAAUAAUUCAACACUAUUAUCUGGAGUCAAACUUGGGUAUGAAAUCUACGACACUUGUACAGACAUUACACUGGCGAUGGCGGCCACUCUAAGGUUUCUUUCUAAGUUGAACUGCUCCACAGAAAUCAUGGAGUUUAAGUGUGACUAUUCCCACUACAUGCCAAAGGUUAAGGCUGUCGUAGGUGCUGGCUACUCAGAAAUAACCAUGGCAGUCUCCAGGAUGUUGAAUUUACUGCUCAUGCCACAGGUGAGUUACGAAUCAACUGCAGAAAUCCUAAGUGACAAAAUCCGUUUUCCUUCAUUUUUACGGACUGUGCCCAGUGACUUCUAUCAAACUAAAGCAAUGGCCCACCUGAUUCAGAAAUCUGGAUGGAACUGGAUUGGCAUCAUUGCCACGGAUGAUGACUAUGGACGACUGGCACUCAACACCUUUGCAAUUCAGACCACGGCAAAUAAUGUGUGCAUAGCUUUCAAAGAAGUUCUCCCAGCCUUCCUCUCAGAUAAUACCAUCGAAGUCAGGAUUAAUCAGACGCUUGAAAAAAUCAUAGCAGAAGCCCAGGUUAAUGUCAUUGUGGUAUUUCUGAGGCAAUUCCAUGUUUUCAGUCUCUUCAGUAAAGCCAUUGAAAGGAAUAUAAAUAAGAUCUGGAUUGCUAGCGAUAACUGGUCAACAGCCACCAAAAUUACCACCAUUCCUAAUGUUAAAAGAAUUGGCAAAGUUGUUGGGUUUACUUUUAAAAGAGGGAAUAUGUCCUCUUUCCAUUCCUUUCUUCAAAAUCUGCACAUGUUUCCUGGUGAUAAUAACAAGCCCUUAAAUGAAUAUGCAGCACUGUUGUCUGCCUGUGCAUAUGCCAAGGAUAGUGAUUUGAGCCAAUGCAUUUCCAACCAUUCUCAGGGGACUUUAGCUGACAAGGCUGACAAGGAUAUAAAAAGGAACUUCUCUCUGAGAAAUGACUUCCUGUGGGAUUACACUGAGCCAGGACUUGUUCACAGUAUUCAACUUGCAAUGUUUGCUCUUGGCUAUGCCAUUCGGGAUCUGUGCCAAGCUCGAGACUGUCAGAACCCCAGCGCCUUUCAACCAUGGGAGUUACUUGAUGUACUAAAAAAUGUGACAUUCACUGAUGGAGGGAAUUCAUUUCAUUUUGAUGCCCAUGGGGAUAUGAAUACUGGCUAUGAUGUUGUGCUCUGGAAGGAGAUCAAUGGCCACAUGACUGUCACUAAGAUGGCACAGUAUGACCUGAAGAAUGAUGUCUUCAUUAUCCCAGACCAAGAAACAAAAAAUGAGUUCUGGAAUCUUAAGCAAAUUCAGUCUAAGUGCUCCAAAGAAUGUAGCCCUGGGCAAAUGAAGAAAACUACAAGAAGUCAACAUAUCUGCUGCUAUGAAUGUGUGAACUGUCCUGAAAAUCACUACAGUAAUCAGACAGAUAUGGAUUACUGCCUUCUAUGCCACAACGAAACUCACUGGGCCCCCGUAAGGAGCACGAUGUGCUUUGAAAAGGAAGUGGAGUAUCUCAACUGGGAUGACUCCUUGGCUAUCCUGCUCCUGGCCCUUUCCCUCCUGGGAAUAGUGUUUGUUCUGGCCAUUGGCAUAAUAUUUACACGAAACCUGAGCACUCCCGUUGUGAAAUCAUCUGGAGGACUGACGGUCUGCUAUGUGAUCCUCCUCUGCCAUUUCCUCAACUUUGCCAGUACAGCCUUUUUCGUCGGAGAACCGCAGGACUUUACGUGUAAGACCAGGCAGACGCUAUUUGGCGUGAGCUUUACUCUGUGCAUCUCCUGCAUUUUAAUGAAGUCCCUGAAAAUUUUGCUAGCCUUCAGCUUUGACCCCAAGUUGCAGAACUUCCUGAAGUGCCUUUAUAAACCAAUCCCCAUCAUCUUCACUUGCACGGGAAUCCAAGUUGUCAUUUGCACACUUUGGCUGAUUUUUGCAGCACCUGCUGUGGAAGAGAACGUCUCCUUGCCCAGAGUCAUUAUCCUGGAAUGUGAGGAAGGAUCCAUUCUGGCAUUUGGCACCAUGCUGGGCUAUAUUGCCAUCCUGGCCUUUAUUUGCUUCAUAUUUGCCUUCAAAGGCAGGAAGUUACCUGAGAAUUACAACGAAGCCAAAUUCAUAACAUUUGGCAUGCUCAUUUACUUCAUAGCUUGGAUCACAUUCAUCCCCAUCUAUGCUACCACAUUUGGAAAAUAUUUGCCAGCUGUGGAGAUUAUUGUUAUUUUAAUAUCUAACUAUGGCAUCCUGUGUUGCACAUUCUUCCCCAAAUGCUAUGUUAUUCUUUGUAAGCAAGAAACUAACACAAAAUCUGCCUUUCUCAAGAUGAUUUACAGCUACUCUACCCACAGUGCAGACAGCCUCACCAUGAGUCAUGUUUCCCUGGCCUCCACUAGCAGCGGUAUCACCAGGACCAAUCCCUGCUCUGCUGGCAAGCCUGCAGCUUGGCAGAAUAGUAUGGAACUUCAGGCACAAUCAUUUGCAUACAUAUGCAAUGAAAAUACUACAGGUGUAUCUAAAACUUUGCAUCGAAAAAGAAUUUCAAGUAUAUGAAUGAGUUCCAAGAGAUGGCACAUUCCAGAAUAAAAUAU